GACUCAGAUACAGAGAUACGACUAGUACGACAGGACCCAUAGGAGAAUAGUUCCUACGAAGGAACAGUUUUCCAGAGCCGAGAGAGAGACCGUACGGCGAGAAGCACGGAAUCUAUUAUUCGCCUAGGACUGAUCAGACUACUCUCGUCAAGACCGCCGAGAAUCCGAUCAAAAUGGCUCAAGCUUUUGCUAUACAAUAUAUGAUCCCCGAUGUCGAUCGGAUCUUUGAGAGAGCUCGACUCAGUGAUGCUCAAAAGAUUGCCGAAAUCCAGUACUGGACUAAGGACAGGACGCAUCAGAAAAGAGUGGAGUACGCUAUCGAUCAACUUGACAGCUGGAGUGCCGCGGUAACGGCUCUGAAAAGUACCUUCGUAAUCGGAGACCCUAGACAACUACGAAGUGCAUACCAGCGCCUCAAAGACCUCGAGAACCAGCCUCCACUAUCGAAUCCGUCGAAGAUCUAUACGUACUGUCUUGAUCAUGAGAUCCUCGUUAGUGAGACGAAGGGUACUACUCGAGUCCCAAGCGACCUUGACUGCACUCGAGGUCUAUUCGAGAGGAUCCACGGCCACAGCCUUGAAGACAUCAUAAGCAAAGCUGAUAUGACGUACGAAGAGAUCUUCAAGAUGGAGUACUCUCAAGCCCAGAAGUUAGUCCGAGGAUGGGCGAAGACUAAGGUCGAUCUGGAAAACCACAACAAGCGAGCCAAGAGAUAUUUUCCGUCUGAUUAGGGCAAGAAAGGACAAGAGGAAAGCCAGCCAGAUGUGACUGCUCUCACGGAGAGGCUCAGAGCCUUGGAGAUACG